AUGGUUUUAUGGUACAAGAACACGCAUGUGUUCGAGCGGGACUUCCAAACGGUGUCGCUGGCGUUCUUCAACCGGUACCCGAACCCCUAUGCGGCCCACGUACUGUCGAUCGACACGAUCGCGCGCGACGUCGACGCCGACGGGCGCCUCCACACCACCCGGCUGAUCAAGAAGAUGGGCAAGCUGCCCGCGUGGGCGCGGCCGCUGCUGGGGCGCAUCUCCGAGUCGUGGAUCAUCGAGAUGAGCAGCGUGGACGCCGCGCGCCAGGAGAUGCGCACCUACACGCGCAAUCUGGACCACACCAAGGUCAUCAAGGUCGAGGAGUACACUUGCUACCGCUUCCGCGACGGCGCCACGGUCGCCGACAGCCGCGUGCGCUUCAGCAGCGGCAUCCGCAUGGGCAUCAAGGGCCGCAUCGAGAGCUGGUCGCACCGCACGUUCGACGAGAACAUCAAGCGCAGCCGGCUCGGCAUGGCCUUCGUCAUGGACAAGCUGGAGGAGCGCGCGAAGCUGCUGCUCUAG